AUGCAGCUUCUUCUUCCCCCCUCUAUUUUCAUUCUCAUCAUAUUGCUUACCACCGUUAGCGGUAAGGUUUCGACGGCUAUAGACUGCAGACACGGAAAUGGCGCUUCGAAAGUUGCAUACACCAUUACUGUCAACAAGUCCGGCAAGCCUGGCCCCGGAAUAUUUAACACCGUACAAGCCGCCAUUGAUUCCAUUCCUCCCAACAAUGAUCAAUGGGUUAAAGUUGUUAUUUUUUCGGGCAUAUACAAAGAGAAGGUAAGCAUUCCAGAGGAGAAGCAAUGUAUAUUUCUGGAAGGAGAAGGGCGGCAUCUGACGACUAUUACAUAUGAUGGUCAUGGACAAACAGAUGAGAGUGCUACGUUUACGUCGUCCCCAGAUAACGUUGUUGUCAAAGGGAUUACCUUCGAGAACUCGUAUAACCUGGAAGCAGCUCCGAAUUUGUACAAAGGACAAAUGGCAGCAGGGGAUGUAAAACGGGCAUUGGCGGCCAGAAUUUAUGGUGAUAAAUCCUCCUUUAAUGAAUGUGGUUUCAUGGGAUUUCAAGAUACACUGUGGGAUGUUAGCGGUCGCCAUUACUUCAAAAAUUGCUACAUUGAAGGGGGCGUAGAUUUUAUUUGGGGCAACGGUCAAUCCAUUUAUGAGGAUUGUAUGAUAAAUGUAACAAUAGGGACAUUUCUCCCUCAAGGCUAUAUGGGUUACAUAACAGCACAGGGUAGAGAAUCCUCAGAUGAACCUACUGGCUUUAUGUUUAGAAGGGGUAGGGUUUUUGGAAGUGGUCAAACUCUCUUAGGGAGAGCUUAUGGCCCUUACUCUAGAGUCAUAUUUCAACACACAAUUUUGGAUGGAGUUGUAGCACCUCAAGGUUGGUUUGCGUGGAACUACCAAGGGAAAGAGGAUCAAUUUACUUAUGCUGAGGUUGAUUGUGGAGGACCUGGAUCCAACACUACCGAGCGAGUUAAAUGGAUGAAGAAGCUUCGUCCUGAAGAGCUAAAUCAAUUUUCAACAUCAUCAUUCAUCAACCAAGAUAGGUGGCUUAACAGACUACCAUUAUGGUAG